CCGAGCUCUACGGUCGUGAUUCGACUCUGGCGAUCGACUUGUAAUCUUUUUAUCUCGUGUGCACUUUAAUUCUAAUAAUAAAUCAAUUUACAAUUUCGUUUCACAAUUAUAUAUAUAUAUAUAUAUAUAUUUCAAAUCAAUAUUAUAUUAUCGAAUAAAAUAAAAUAUAUUAAUUACGGUCUACUGUUUCCUAGAUAUAGGAAGGAAAAUAUAAAAUAAAAUAAUAAUCGUUCGCGCCUCGGUUUUGUUAUUUCAAAUUUGGUGUGAUCGAUCGAAUAUAAUAAACAAACAAGUUUUAUUUUAAUUAUUCUUCAAAUACUUCUGACCAACGGAACAUUUGUUCUACCUAUAUUGUUGGGGGGAAACAUAGAGAGAGAGAGAGAGAGAGAGAGAGAGAAAAAUAAAUAUACGUUUGUUAUAUAGUUCUGCACGAGCGUUAAAAGAAAAAAAAAUAAGAAGAGGAGGAAGAAAUAGAAGAGAUAAACAGUGAGAGUUUGGUGAUGUGCGCGAAAUCAACGAGACCACCAACAGCAGCAUUCACGAUGUCGUCGUUCCUCUGGAUCUUCGCUCUACUCUAUCCAACGAUCAUUCAAGCUGCCACAAAGCCACCAACGGUCGACAUCGAACCAAAGGGUCAAGUUGUGGUACGUUUGGAAGAUAGUCUGAGGAUCAUGUGUACGAUGGGUUCGCCAUUGCAAAUCUGUCGUGUUGAGAUCCAAGGUGAAAGCAGCACUAUUCUCUCGCUAAAUCAAACAGCAGAGGAUGGUAUAAAGUAUUACGGCGAAGGUACUCAUAAAGGUCAAUGCGGAGUCCACAUCUUUAAAGUAAAGGAGAAACACAACGGAAUCUUCAAGUGUGCUUUAACACCAGUAGAUGGUCGUACAGAGAGCUAUGCCAGCGUUGACAUCGUCAUUGCUAAACCGCCGAACAAUCCAGAACUUCAAACGAGUCAAGGACACUAUGGCAGAAACGAAUACCAAAAAGGAGAAAAAUUAGAAAUCAGUUGUAGUGCCUCUGGUGGACGACCGCCUGCGAACAUCUCACUCUAUCUCGAUGAUGAACUUCUUGGCAACGACGAGAGACCAUCGACGUAUGACGAUUUGAAAACGAACGAAGGAUCCGUUGCAAUACAAAAUGCCUCCCGUAGUUUGGAUUGGACUGAUAACAGCAAGACUUUAAGAUGCGUAACCAGUCACGUUGCUUUGGACCAACCCAAAGAGAGAAAAAUGCAGCUUCAUGUUUAUUAUCCACCUCAACCGCAACUAAUCAUCGAACGUUUUGGAUACGUCAUCGGCCGACAGGGUACAGUGAACGUAACAGUUCAUGCUAAUCCAAAACCUCGUUUCUUAUGGCGAGUAAACGGCGAGAAAAUCGAAGAAGGUCGUCCAGAUGAAAGCAAUCGUCUUGAAACUUCCACUGCCGUAGACCUGGGUAACGGCUCGUGGCUUGUUGUUUUAACCAUCGAUAGUGUUCAAAAAUCUGACACGGAGAAGGAAUACAUAUUGGAAGCUCAUAACAUAGAAGGAGCUUACGAGUAUCAUAUUGUUUUGUCAACGUCUCCAGAACCAGCAGGAGCGUUCAGUCACUUCUAUGGUAAGCUCUCCGAACACAUGCACGCACUAGCGGAAAAAGUCACCGAUUACGUGGAACUUGUAAAGCAACGUUUUUCCGUUGAGUCCAACUUAAACAGUGUCGAUCUUGAUGCUGGAUCAAUCAUCGGUAUCGUUGUUGGUGCUUUGGUACUCAUUCUCAUCGUGUUCUUGGUGAUUUUCGCUCGAGCAACCGGUCGCUGGUGCUUCGCAGGUAGUUCAACGACAAGGAACCUUGGCGAAUCAGACUUACUAGCAGAUCCAGGAGCGGCUGUUACUCUUCUUCAUAUUGGAAAUUCGGAAACUACAAACAAUGCCAAUAAAAGGCAAAGUAGCGACACGGAAAGUGCAGGCAGAUAUUCAAGGACAGAAGUAGAUACUGCUUCUUCAGGAAGAGGACGUAAACCAAAACUUAGUAUUAUUCAACUAUUCCGACGUAACAAGGAUAAAGUAUCUGGUGCUGAUACCGAUACUAUGAGAACUGUCGUUACAGUUGACGAUGAAAAGCUUCAACCAUGUGAACAACAACAGCAACAACAAUCAUCGCCACAAGAUAGUAGAAUAAAUCCAUCAAGCGUAGAAGGUGGAAUAGUUUACGCGGAAUUGGAUUUAACUCAACAGCAACAAGGCGGAACUCCACGGCGUUUGAACGAAGAUAAAACUGAAUACGCAGAAAUCUUGUAUACAAAACCAGAAACAACCGACGAGGAAACCCCAGAUAAAUAAUUUCACGUACAAAUUAAUAACGUUCAAAUCUCAACUUGUUAUAAAUGAAAAGGAAAAUCAAUUUCUUCGUAUUAAUGUUGCUUAAUAUGAUUAUGCGGCAUUUCGUGUACUUAUCGACAAAUUAUCUUUAAGAGAGUAGUAGUUUAAUGUUAUUCUAUAUUAAGAUAGUAUACGGAGGUCAACAAAAUGUUUUUACUCAUUUUUUAUUAUCUUUAUUAAUCACUAUCGGUUGUUAGCUUUUUUUCAUAGGAUUCUCAUUAGAUUGUAGCUAAUUUCAGUUUAUAUGCAUAUACAUAUUUCCUUUGUCACUUUUAUUGUUUUUCAUGUGAAAGGUGACAUACGUCCGAUAAGGGUAAUUUUUUUUUCUCUUUUUUUUUGUUUUCUCUUCUUUUUUUUCUUUUCAAUUAAUUUCUAGUCAUACUUAAUAAUGUUUCGAGUAUGCAUUCGUGAAAUAUCACGAAUAAGAAGUAAAAAAAUGAAGAUAAAACUGCUGAAAAAUGAGACAAUUGUUUUAAGACCAUAAUAGUAUGUACAGUAAAACCUCCUAUAACGCGCUAUUUUCUUAUCGCGGUAUCCAUAUAACGCGGUACGAAUUAUAUAAUCGCGUUAUAGGAGGUUUUACUAUAUAUACUAUCUAAAUAUUAAUCUCUAUGUAUCGUAUUCAAGCACGUACAUAUGUACUUAACUGAGUGCAAGAUGCUUCUUCUUUUUAUUUUUCUAAACAUACUUUUUUAACUUAUCAUUAUUAUUCGAUAAAAAAAAGGAAAAACAUUUCGACUAAUCGUUCAUAUAUUCUUAACAAAAAAGUAUCAUGCUACUCUUUU